UUACAACAAACCUGAUCACAAACUACUCUCUUCAACAUCCCGGGCCAUAAAUAUUUUCCUUUUUACUGUUGUUGUAUUUUUAUUUCUUAACGGGUUUAGAGACGGUGUCAUUUGUAAAAUGCCCAUCGAAUGAAACCGACCAAAGAAUUAGAAGCGCAAUCAAAAGUACCUGUAGAUGUGAACACAGGUGUGAUGUGGUGAAAUUCAAUCGCGCCUGCAGCGUACUGAGAUCAGAUGAGAAAACCCCACAGUAAACUACACGUCUGUAGUUCUGAUUUACCUCGUGAAAACCAGAUACAACCGUGUUUCACGGGGGAAUACGUCUCCUCAUCAAAACACACGGGACUACCUUAUAUUUAUGGAAAUAGGCAUUUGAGUUAAAAUAAACUUCCUUCAGGAGUUUCAUGUCUUGCGGUGUUCUUUGACGGGCUGCAGUGGUUUUCGUUUUGAUCUGUCAGAGAUCAUGCAUUGGGGUUCAGAUCUUUGGGAUCAGCAUGAUGUGAUCGAGAGACACACUCAGAGCGGACUGGAUCUGCUGGAGCGAUAUGUGAAGUUUGUCAAAGAGAGAGCUGAGAUCGAGCAGAACUAUGCCAAACAGCUCAGGAACCUCACUAAAAAAUAUUCCAGACGAGGCGUCAAAGAAGAUCAGGAUGCAAAGCCGACCAAUCAGCAGGCGUUUCAGGACGUGCUGAACGAGCUGAACGAUUACGCAGCUCAAAGGGAGCAGCUGUCCGAGAACAUGACAGUGAAAAUCUGUGUGGAGCUCAGCAAAAACCUGCAGGAGCUGCGACAGGAGCGCAAGAACUAUCUCGGUGAUAUUAAGAAAGCUCAGCAGAACCUGGAGAGCAGCUUCAAACUGCUGGAGACUAGUAAAAAACGUUUUGAGAAGGAAUGGAAAGAAGCAGAGAAAGCCAAUCAGCAGACAGAGAAAGUCCAGCAGGACCCCAACGCCACUAAACCAGAUGUAGACAAGGCCAAACAGCACGCUCACUUCCGCGUGCACUUAGCGGACGAGUGUAAGAACGAAUACGCUUCACAGCUCCAGAAAUACAACAUGGAACAGAACAACUUCUACUACGUCGAGAUCCCGUUUGUGUAUAAGAAGCUGCAGGAAAUGGAGGAGCGGCGCAUCCGGAUGUUAGCCGACGGUUACGUGCAGUUCUCCGAAACCGAGAAGAACGUCCUGCCCAACAUCAACAAGUGUUUGGACACGAUCAUCUCCACCGGGAGGAACAUCAAUGAGAAACAAGACACUCUGGCUCUCAUAGAGCAGCAUAAAACGGGCGCGAAGCCUCCUGCCGACGUGGAGUUUGAGGAUUACAGUCAGGUAGUCAGAGCUCCCGCAUCUGACAACCAGCCGAAAGUCCGCAUCAAACAGCUGUUCCACAAGAAAAACAAGUUUCAGGUGACAUCUCCUGAUAAGAACACGCCACCAUCGUUGGAGGAUCUCUCUCGUCUCCCACUGGAUCAGAGGAGGAGGCGUCUGCAGGAGAAGAUCGAUGACAUUCAGAAGGAGCUGCAGAGAGAGACGGACCAGAGUGAGGCUCUGAUGAGGAUGAAGGGCGUUUAUGAGCAGAACUCUCAGCUCGGAGAUCCGUCCAGCCUUCAGCCUCAGAUCACACAGACCGCUCAUAACAUCGCCAAACUGAGAGGAGAGCUCAACAAAUACCAGGUCCAGCUCACUGAAGCCGGCGGUGGGACGCUGCAACGUUAUCCUGCCAGUUCAGAGUAUAUCGCUGUGCUGAGCGAGUCCAGUGUGUCUCCGUCAGAGAACAUCUACGAAUGUGAUUUUGAUGAGGACUUUGACAUCGACGUGCCCAUUGGCCAGUGCAAAGCGCUCUAUGACUUUGACGGGAGCAGCGAAGGUGCCAUAUCCAUGCGUGUGGGCGAGCAGCUGAGUCUGAUGCAGGAGGAUCAGGGCGACGGAUGGGUCCGAGUCCAGAGGGCCAAUGGAGACGAGGGAUACGUGCCGGCGUCCUACAUCCAGACCAUCUGAUCGCACCUUUAUCCUCCAUCACAAACAGCUGAUAGCGUGUUUUAUGGGAGCGUGAGCUGCGCUCGUGUGACUCCGCCAACUCUUGUGUUUUUUAUGUUACGGGGAGUGUUUUUACUUUAAGUUGCAUGUUUUUGAUUUCUUCCUUUUCUGUCAGUGUGCCUUAUGCUGCUUCUGGUGUUUUCCUGCACAUUUGUAGUUUUAAAAUGGACUUUGGUGGACUUUUCUGUUGCGUUUGGUCAUUAUUGCAUGUAGAAGCCUUCAGCUGUCGUUGUAAUGUCAUGAAGUAUAAAUACAGUCAAGGGUGUCCAAACGUAUGCUAAAUGAUUGCCAUAUUUAUUUUCAAGAUCCGUUCAACCCAAAAACAAUAACUACGACAAUAUAGAAGCGUCCACACGAUAUCAAUAA